AUGGCAUCAUCAUCAUCAUCAUCAUCACCAUUAGAAGAAUCUAUCGAAUUAAAUAAAUGUGUUUCGGCAGAUGGUGCGAUUACUCGUGAACGAGACAUAAAUGAACAAAACAAUGAAGCCGAGUCCGACUAUGAUAAAAUACGUGUAGUCAGAAGGGAUUAUAAUACGAUUGUGCUUUUUGAUACCUGUCCAUCGAAUGAAGAAGCCGAUGCUAGUCCAGCAUUGACACCGUUACUAGGCCCAACUUCCUCAAACGCAUCUCAAAACAAAGAAAAAAUAACAACGACAAAUACACGAUCGAGUUCGGAUCGACGUGAUAUACGUGAUCGAGUUAGUAAAAUAGCCGAAAAACUAUGUGAAAAAGUUAAUAAAAAAAAGAUUUUUUACGAUAACUAUCACAAAGUUGAAUUAGCACGUCCAAAUUUAGAUCUUUAUUUACAAGAGAUAUAUCGAUAUCAAACAAGGUUAGUUGUCGUUUUUAUGUGUGCCGAUUAUAAACGUAAAGAAUGGUGUGGUAUAGAAGCACGUGCUAUACUUGAUUUACUAAACACUGUUCAAAGCGAUCGAAUUAUGCUAUUAACAGUAGAUGGAACAAUAAUAGAUGGCGUUUUGCGUAAUGAUGGACGUCUGAAUAUUUCAAACAAGAGUGACGAUUAUGUAGCAGAUGGAAUCUAUAAGCGCUUGAACAGCCUUGGUGAAGCACUCCCGCCAUCACGAUCAUCACCUUCACCACCACUACAACCAUUACAAGAAAGCAUAUUAUUAAAAAUGAUUUUGGCUUCGAAAAAUAUUUUAAACUUAAUAUCACCAUGGUAUGUCGUAGUUGGGUUAUUAUCGUACAUUUUGGGCACUUGGAUUGGACGUUAG